AUGACAACAACAACCAGUAGCACAUCAUCACCUACCUUACCUUACCUCAUCUACAACAGAGAUGGUUUGAACGAGUUCGCAGUGGAUGCAAACGCCAAAGGAGGUCUCGAGAGGAAGCAAAUUAAUUUUAUGAUGAAUUCGAUAAGGGCUUUGAUCAUCGACCCUUGUCGUUGA